AUGGUGGACAGAGUGCUGUUAUGGUUCGGACUGGUGGCUCUGGCCACCUCAUAUACUAUACCAGUUUCCCCUAAGGUACAUGAGGUAUAUGAGAAUGGUGAGGAUGAGAACCCCAUCUUAAACCUGGGUUCAGAUGCUAACCUCUUUGAAGGCGACAUUUUACUUCCAGAAGGAAGAAAUGCCCUGAUUGACCAAAAAUACAGAUGGAAAUUUCCAAUCCCUUACAUUCUGGGUGAUGACUUAGAUCUGAACGCCAAGGGCUGCGUCCACCAGGCCUUUGAAAUGUAUCGGCUCAAGUCGUGCAUUGACUUCAAGCCUUACGAAGGAGAGAAGACCUUUAUCAAGUUUGAAAAGAGAGGGGGAUGUUUCUCCAGCGUUGGUGACCAACAGACUGGUCAGAUUCUAUCUUUGGGCUCAGGCUGUGACCACAAAGCUGUGAUAGAACAUGAGCUUCUCCAUGCUCUGGGAUUCUACCAUGAACAGUCCCGCGGAGACAGGGACGACUAUAUCGACAUCUGGCUGAAUCAGGUUCUACCAGGACUUGAACACAACUUCAACAAAUACAAUGAUGACUUCAUAACUGAUCAAAACACAGCAUAUGACUAUGAGUCCAUCAUGCACUACAGGCCCUUCUCCUUCAAUAAGAACGACUCCAUUCCCACCAUCACCACCAAAAUCCCAGAGUUCUACAACAUCAUAGGCCAGUACCUCGACUUCAGCAAGAUGGACACUCUCAGGCUCAACAGGAUGUACAACUGCUCUGGUCCUCUAACCCUGCUGGACCAGUGUGCAUUUGAGUAUGCCAGCAUCUGUGGGAUGAUCCAGGCCUCCUCUGAUGAUGCAGACUGGGUUCAUACCAAGAGCACAGUCGGGGCAGAGGAUCACACACUCCUGGGAAAAUGCAGAGAUAGUGGGUAUUUCAUGCACUUCAGCACAAUGAGUGGGACGCCUGAGGAGUCUGCCCUGCUGGAAUCCAGAAUCCUCUAUCCCAAGAGGAAGCUCCAGUGUCUGCAGUUCUUCUACAAGAUGACUGGAAGUCCAAAGGACAGGCUGGUGAUCUGGGUCAAGGUGAACGAUGGCACGGGCACCGUUCGAAGAAUGAAGAAAAUACACACUUUUAAUGCGGAUUCUGACCACACGUGGAAGAUCGCCCACGUCCCUCUGGAGGUAGGUGAGAAAUUCCGUUAUGCCUUCCAGGCCGUUCGUGGUGACCCCUCAGCGUCCUCCGGUGGCAUCUACAUCGACGACAUAAGCCUGACGGAAACCCGCUGCCCCAAUGCCGUGUGGAGAAUCCAGAACUUCUCACAAAUCAUGGAGACGGCUCACACCAACACAGUAAUCGACAGCCCUCGCUUCUACAGCCCUGAAGGCUAUGGUUACGGUGUGCGCAUCAUUCCUCUGUCCAGUUACACUGAUUACACAGGGAACUACGCUGGGCUGUACUUCCACCUGGCCAGCGGGGAUAAUGAUGCGGUGAUGCAGUGGCCAGCCAUAAACAGACAGGCCACCUUGGUGGUGAUGGACCAAGACCCUGACAUUAAGAUGAGGAUGUCCUCUGCUCGCAGCCUCACUACUGACAUGAGGAGGACAUCAGAUGGACAAUUGUUGUGGGACAAUCCAUCCAAGGUGGGCUAUCCUGACUCUUCCUGUGGCUGCUUCAGAGGUGAAUCAUGGGGCUGGAGAAACUUUAUCAAGCACUUUGACCUCCGGCGGCGUAGUUACCUCAAGAACGAUGACCUCAUCAUCCUCAUCAACUUUGACGACAUCACAUCACUGAUCAAAACAGAAGUUCCCAUUGAGCCGAAGGAGUAAAGGCACACAUGCUGUUUUACCACAAUGAACUGAAGGUGAGAUAUUUUCAUCUCACCUGUGAACAUUAUAUCACUUGUAUGUACUUAUGAUAAUGAGAAAAUACAAUAAUUGUGUUUUUUUGAAUUUGAAAUGACUGGAAAUGAUUGGAAGA